AUGCCGCGCCAGAACGGCCUCAGGCAGUCGCUCGGAUCUCCUCUCAUUAAGAAUGUGUUGAUGAGCCGUGUGUUGCUGGUGGGCGCUGGUGGAAUUGGAUGCGAGCUGCUCAAGAACCUCGUUUGCUCCGGCUUCGGUAGCUACACCCCAACUCAGACAGACGCUCAGGAAGCACAGGGCUCGGCCCCGCGCAAGGCGGAGAUAGUGGUCAUCGACCUCGACACCAUCGAUCUCAGUAAUCUCAACCGACAAUUCCUCUUCCGAAAGCAUCACAUCAAGAAACCAAAGGCAUUUGUCGCAAAGGAGACGGCAAGCCAAUUCAACCCCGACGUCAACAUCGAUGCACACCAUGCAAAUAUCUUCGACGCCCAGUACUCCGUGGAGUUCUUCGAGGGCUUCGAUGUCGUCUUCAAUGCUCUCGACAAUCUCGCCGCCCGCCGUCAUGUCAACAAGAUGUGCUUGGCUGCCAAUGUGCCGCUGAUUGAGAGUGGCACCACGGGCUUCAAAGGACAGGUUCAACCUAUCAGAAAGGGAGUCACGGAAUGCUACGAUUGCAAUCCCAAGCCCGUCCAAAAGACUUUCGCCAUCUGCACCAUCCGCUCGACCCCUUCACAGCCCAUCCACUGCAUCGUGUGGGCCAAGUCCUAUCUCUUCCCCGAACUGUUUGGAACAAGCGAGACAGAAGGCGCAGGAACGGCAGAAAUGGCAGUCACAAGCGAGGAUAACGCCAAAGAAGUGGCCAAGCUGCAAGAGGAAGCCAAAGCGCUCAAGGCGAUUCGCGACAAAAUGGGCACAAGCGAUUUUGCGCGCGACGUGUUCAACAAGGUCUUCCGCGACGACAUUGAGCGGCUGCGGUCAAUGACGGAGAUGUGGCAGAGUCGGAAGGCCCCCGAGCCGCUCAAACUCGACGCUUCGUCGGAAGAUUGGGUCAAACAGGGGCAAAGGGCGUCCAAGCAAGACCAAAAAGUGUGGACGUUACUCGAGAAUAUCUCAGUCUUUUGCUGCAGCAUCGAAGCGCUCAGCAGUCGGAUGCAAGCCGGCGAGAAGGUAAUAGAGUUCGACAAGGACGACAAAGACACUCUGGACUUUGUUGCAGCUGCAGCGAACCUGCGAUCACACAUCUUCAGCAUUCCGGUGCACAGCGAAUGGGAGAUCAAGCAAAUGGCCGGCAACAUCAUUCCAGCGAUCGCGACCUCCAACGCACUCACGGCUGGGCUUUGCGUUCUGGAGGCUUUCAAGAUUCUACGUGCGCAGCUGCCUGCCGCCGAUACAGCGACAAAGUCCGCGGCCAACCAUUCGAAAUCUUCGGACAGCAAGGAAGAGCUGCCUCUGGGCGGUGCCAAGACCGUUUUCCUGGUAUCUUCGAGCACGGAAAGGCUCAUCAUGCCCCAAGGCCUGGCACCACCCAAUCCGGACUGUGCAGUAUGCUCGCCCGUCUACGCCAAAUUGGCACUACCGAGUUCCGGCCAGCCAAAAUUGCGCGAUUUGGUGGAGUUGUUGAAACAGCGAGUUGGCUACGAAGACUUCUCAAUCACCAUCAAUGAAGUCAUCAAGUACGACCCAGAGCUGCAUGACAAUCUGGAGAAGUCCCUUGCGGACGUUGGGAUUGAUGGGCAAAACAGCCACUUCAUCACCGUCAUGGAUGACGACGAUGAGCCGAAAGUCGACCUCGUGUUGAGCACCACACUCCAACCCGCCGCUUCUGAUGACUCGGGGGUGGAAGUGCUACACCUCAUACCGGACACGAUCGAGCUGCCGCUCAAGCCGAAGAAAGAGGCACCGGAUGAGGCAGCGAACGGCGUCGAGGAAGAGCCUGAACCGGUGCUGAUGCCUAGUAACGGGGCGAAAAGAAAGCGACCAGCGGAAGAUGGAGGCGAAGCGGAGACUGCGAACAAGCGAUCGAAGGGGAAUGAGGGAGAGCCGGUGGUGGUAGAGGAAGACGACGGAGUCAUCCUGCUCGAUUAG